UAAACUGAACACGCAUUUGCUCGUAGGGGCUGCCGCGCCAUUGUACGCAUGCGCAAGAUGCGAGAGGCGCAGGUCGAAUGUUUAUGUUUUACAUGUUCGUGCUGCCCGGAUGAAAUGAAAUGGGACUGAGGGAUAAUUUACAGUCAGAGUCAUUUAUCACCGCCGUAACUCAGCAGAGUCAGUCACCUUGAAGCAGUCCAGCCAGAGACGACGCUAUGGGGAACACGAGCAGCGAGAGGGCUGCGAUGGGCCACGGGGAGAAGGCCCAGCGGAGGGACAGCAGGGGCACCAAAGAUGGCGAAAGGCCCAAAAUCCUGAUGGACAGCCCUGAAGAUGCAGAUAUUUUUCACGGCGAAGACAUGAAAGCUCCGUUAGAAAAAGAAGCGUUUCUUGCAUGGAGGCAAGAUUUAGAAGUGGAAGACAAAGAUCCGACUUUAGACCGACCAACCGUCUUUCGCUGGAAAGGCGAUGGCAAAGAGGUCUACCUCUCUGGAUCCUUUAACAACUGGGCCAAUAAGAUUCCUCUGAUUCGAAGUCAAAACACCUUUGUGACCAUUGUGGAGCUACCCGAAGGGGAACAUCAGUACAAGUUUUACGUAGACGGGCAGUGGACUCAUGACCCAGCUGAGCCUGUUGUAACCAGUCAGCUGGGCACGGUCAAUAACAUCAUCCAAGUGAAGAAAACAGACUUUGAGGUGUUUGACGCUCUCAUGGUGGACUCGCAAAAGUGCUCAGACAUGUCAGACCUCUCCAGCUCUCCCCCUGGCCCGUAUCACCAGGAUGCGUACCUUCCAAAACAAGAGGAAAAGUUCAAGUCUCCACCCAUACUUCCGCCUCAUCUGCUCCAGGUCAUCCUCAAUAAAGACACUGGAAUAUCUUGUGAUCCUGCACUCCUGCCAGAACCAAACCACGUCAUGCUCAACCACCUCUACGCUCUCUCCAUUAAGGAUGGUGUGAUGGUGCUCAGUGCGACACAUCGCUACAAGAAGAAGUACGUCACUACCUUACUUUAUAAACCCAUCUGACGGAAGACCGUACCAGUAUUAAUUGCGAACCAAUGUGAUGUUAAGUAGCAAUUGUUGUCCACUGAAGGAACGAUCAACCUUUCACCUGUUGAAACUAUUUUGAGGAAAGAAAUUGCCAUUUUUUUUCCAUUUCACUAAUUUGUUAACUGUUGACUUGCAGAGUUUUGUACACAAGAUUACUUGAGCAAGGUAGUAUGAACAAAAUGACAAAACUUCUGAUUGAUGAGAUUCUGGAUGUGUUCACUUGUUGGAUGAAGGAUCCAUGCAAUCAUGUUGUGAGAUUGAGUCACUUGUCUUUGCAAUGACCUUUUAAUCUUUAGUAUGAAUCAUUUGUAUUUCCUAUAGAUAUUUAUUGCUGAUAACACCACUUCAAUUAUGUCUGGUUUGUCACUACAUUCCUAUUGCUAUCCACCCAACAACGGCAAAAAAAAAAAAAAACCCCUGAAUCACUCAACUACUCUGACAACAAAUCUAUUUUUAAGUAUCGUUUAUCAUUACAUAAAAAAACAUUUGAGGAUGAUAUAGUAAAACACUGUAUAUAAGACAGACUAAUUAAUACUGUUGUUGUGUGACGUCAGUAUUUUAGUUGGCACUUCGCUUUUCAGAUACAUUCCAAUGCACUUUUACGAGUGAGGGGUUAGAAAUUUGGGACUUCCUAGUUUUAAGGAAUGUAGCAAUAAGGAUUUUAAAGCUCAUUAAAUGUUACGUGUAACCCAAACACACAUAACCAUGUUGAACAUGAGGCCCGUUACCCCACCCCUUACACCUUGGAAUGUUAAUCUCCUAUCUAGAAAACUGAACGAGUGAUGUCAAAGUCAUUGAAAAGAAUGUGAUAGUCCUUCACUGUUGUAAUUCUUUUUUCCAUUUUAUUUUGUGUACUCUGAUGGUUAACCAGCACACUUUAGUAUCUAAUAUAUUAUUUUCCAUUUAUUUUACGUAGGUUGCCAUUGUGAUUAGUUGCAUAUUUUACAUAGAUAGAUAGCACUGACAUUUGUAUUAUUUUGCAUGGCAAUGAGCAAUAUCAAAUGUAGAACUUUUGUACUGUGAAGUCAUGAGAAUUCUGUUGAAAUUUAAUACAUCCUAAUUCGUAGAAAACAUUUUUGGGUUUUUCCUCAAUUGCCUUGAAUUUUUUUUAAGAUAUGGCAUUUUUUGGAAAUAGUUUAUUUUUUCUUUAACACAAUGUAAAAUAGAUGAACCCAAGUCAUUUACGCUUUGCUUUUCAAUAUGUUAAAUAUGUUUGAGAUGCUUGUAUUAGUACUGAAUUGAUGAGAUUUUUGGGGUGGGGGCUCUUAUGUGGAGUAAGUAGACAAUCAAAAAAAGCUUGUUUUGUCUGUGGUUCCCAUAUUUUAUUAAGGCUGCUGGCUUGAAAUACGUUCACUAUUAUAAUGCAUCUGAUUUGUGAAUCAUCAUAAAUGUUACCAUUUUACUUAUUGUUAUUUAUUCACAUAUUUAUUUGUGUUCUACUUGCUAGGCCAGUAAGCAAUCAUUCUAAUGAAUCAUUAGAAUUUAAGUUUAACAUUUGUUCUGAAUUGUAGAAUUUUUGAACGCUGCUUCCACUGUCACGACUUUGAUUAAAGAUCAACAUAUCAAAUGGA